AUGACAUCCAGACGCUCCCAGUUCCUCAAAGAGGCGCCCCCUGGAGGUUACUUCCCAGAACCAACAUAUGUUUACACUGUCCACCCUCCUCAGACUCAAGAUCCGUUCCGAAAUGUGCCUGCUCGUAUGGCUGAAGACUACAGCCAAAUGUAUCCCCCCUCUUCAGCUGCAACAAACAUCUUCGUUCCUGGCUGCUGCCGUUCUCGUCGCCGUGCAUCUCGAUACUCAAAGACCUACGAAAGCGAAGGUUCAACCAAAAGCUAUGCUUCCUACGAAGACGUUCAGCCUGCUCAGCCUGUGGAUCGUCUCCCACCGCGCAUCGCUCUUAAGCAACUAUCUGAUUUUCUUCACGAAGCUGGUGUCUUCUACAACACGCAGCUAAUGGACUUUGCACGCGAGCACCAACGUCAAGGCCACGACACGUCCAAUGAAGCUCUUCGACAGUGGCUCUGGAACGACUGGAUUCGAUCUCGCGACAACCCUUCCCGUGAGAACUUUACAUCUACCAAGACGAGCAUUACACUCUUGCUUCGUCAGGUUGAGAGCGCCAUCGCGACACCUUGGCUAGAGAACGCAGACCUAAACGUCCGAUUCGACUUUAGCUAUAAGGCCCUUAAGAGUUCUUGUGAUGAGAUUGUCAGAUUGUCAGGCAAGGUCAUGAGCGAUUGGCAAACUUGUCGGUUUCUGGCUGUCGAGCUCAAGAAUGCCCGUGUUUAUGCCGACCCGGAGGGACCUGUUCUGAGACAUUUGUUUGUGGGGUGGGAGAAGGGCGAACCUUGGUGA